AGCCCUCCCAGACUUUCUACACUCAACACUCUUUUCUUCCUUCUGAAAGCGUUAGAAGGCUCUCUGCAUUUCCCGGCGUCGGAUUUCCGGUCGAGUUAGGGUUCCGGCGAGAAUGGGGAGUACGAUUCUUUCUGAACUUGGAACAGAGAUCGUGAUCCCGAUUUGCGCUGUCAUUGGGAUCGUUUUCUCGCUCGCGCAGUGGUUCAUUGUUUCGCGCGUAAAGGUCACUCCGGAGCGCAACCCGGCGUCCUCGGGUCCUAACAGCAACAAGAAUGGCUACAAUGAUUAUCUCAUUGAGGAGGAAGAAGGCCUCAACGACCACAACGUCGUCCUUAAGUGUGCUGAAAUACAGAAUGCCAUUUCUGAAGGUGCCACCUCCUUUCUAUUUACUAUGUAUCAGUAUGUUGGGGUUUUCAUGGUUGCUUUUGCAAUCUUGAUCUUCCUCUUCCUUGGUUCUGUCGAGGGCUUCAGCACAAAGAGUCGGUCUUGCACUUAUGAUAAGGAAAAGACAUGCAAGCCAGCAAUUGCCACUGCACUCUUUAGUACUGUGUCUUUCGUGCUUGGUGCUGUGACCUCAGUCCUAUCUGGCUUCCUUGGCAUGAAGAUUGCAACUUAUGCCAAUGCAAGGACAACAUUGGAAGCAAGAAAGGGCGUUGGAAAAGCCUUUAUCGUGGCAUUUAGGUCUGGUGCAGUGAUGGGUUUUCUUCUUGCUGCAAAUGGUCUUUUGGUGCUUUACAUUACGAUCAACCUUUUUAAGUUGUACUAUGGUGAUGAUUGGGAAGGUCUUUUUGAGGCUAUUACUGGUUAUGGUCUUGGUGGAUCUUCCAUGGCUUUGUUUGGUAGAGUUGGUGGUGGUAUCUAUACCAAGGCUGCUGAUGUUGGUGCUGAUCUAGUGGGGAAGGUUGAGAGGAACAUUCCCGAGGAUGACCCAAGAAACCCAGCUGUGAUUGCUGACAAUGUGGGUGAUAAUGUUGGAGAUAUAGCCGGAAUGGGAUCUGAUCUUUUUGGUUCAUAUGCUGAAGCAUCUUGUGCUGCUCUUGUUGUUGCUUCUAUCUCAUCUUUCGGCCUCAGCCAUGAUUUCACUGCAAUGUCUUAUCCUCUCCUAAUCAGUUCUAUGGGAAUUCUCGUUUGCUUGAUCACAACCCUCUUUGCCACUGAUAUCUUUGAGAUCAAGGCUGUCAAUGAAAUUGAACCAGCAUUAAAAAAGCAGCUUAUCAUCUCUACUGUUCUUAUGACUAUUGGAGUUGCAGUUAUUAGCUGGGUCGCUCUGCCAUCAUCCUUCACAAUUUUCAAUUUUGGAACCCAGAAAGUUGUAAAGAACUGGCAAUUAUUUUUAUGUGUGGGUGUUGGUUUGUGGGCUGGACUUAUCAUUGGAUUCGUGACUGAGUAUUAUACUAGCAAUGCAUACAGCCCAGUGCAAGAUGUGGCUGAUUCCUGCAGGACUGGGGCUGCAACCAAUGUGAUUUUUGGGCUUGCUUUGGGAUACAAAUCUGUCAUCAUUCCAAUUUUUGCCAUUGCAGUCAGCAUUUUUGUUAGUUUUAGCUUUGCUGCCAUGUAUGGCAUUGCUGUGGCUGCCCUUGGGAUGCUUAGCACCAUUGCUACAGGUCUAGCUAUUGAUGCUUAUGGGCCCAUCAGUGAUAAUGCUGGAGGUAUUGCUGAAAUGGCUGGCAUGAGCCACCGUAUCCGUGAACGAACAGAUGCUCUUGAUGCUGCAGGAAAUACCACAGCUGCCAUUGGAAAGGGGUUUGCCAUUGGAUCUGCUGCUCUUGUAUCUCUAGCCUUGUUCGGUGCUUUCGUGAGUCGUGCAGGAGUUUCGACUGUUGAUGUCUUAACACCAAAGGUCUUUAUUGGUCUGAUUGUGGGUGCUAUGCUUCCCUACUGGUUCUCAGCUAUGACCAUGAAGAGCGUGGGUAGUGCAGCUCUUAAGAUGGUUGAGGAGGUUCGCAGACAGUUCAAUACCAUUCCCGGUCUCAUGGAGGGAACUGCCAAGCCUGAUUACGCCACAUGUGUCAAGAUCUCUACUGAUGCUUCCAUCAAGGAGAUGAUUCCGCCUGGUUGCCUUGUCAUGCUGACACCUCUCAUCGUUGGAACUCUCUUCGGUGUUGAGACCCUCUCUGGUGUUCUAGCUGGUUCCCUUGUCUCUGGUGUCCAGAUCGCAAUAUCUGCUUCAAACACUGGUGGUGCAUGGGACAAUGCUAAGAAGUACAUUGAGGCUGGUGCUUCGGAACAUGCAAGAAGUCUUGGCCCCAAGGGAUCAGACCCACACAAGGCAGCUGUAAUUGGUGACACCAUUGGUGACCCACUCAAGGACACCUCUGGUCCAUCACUUAACAUCCUCAUCAAGCUCAUGGCAGUUGAAUCGCUUGUUUUUGCUCCCUUCUUCGCCACCCAUGGCGGCCUUCUUUUCAAGUUCCUUUAAGGGAAAGUGGUGAUGGGUUUGAAAGAUUUAGUUAUCUCAUUUUGUUCUAUUUUUGGUCCCCAGGGGCAGAAAGAUUUUAAUUGACUUCUUUCUUUUUCUUUUUCUUUCUUCCUUGAGCUAGUAGUGGUGGUACUGGUACUCUUCUUCUCUUAGGUAGUGUUUGGGAAAAAAUUAUGAACCCUGAGAAUCAAUUACAAACACUAGUUGCGAAAGUUAAAUACCUUUAUAUUAAAUGUUGUUGAAAUGGGGCUCCCACAAUUUUCAUUUUCA